AUGAUUUCAGAAUUUCAUAUGAAAAAUUUGUGGGAAUGGUCUGCUAUUUAUCGCCAACAUGUUGGAUUUAAACGAAGAGGUGUAACUCUUCAGGUUGGCUGUUAUGACUUAUUAUGCACGCACUGUCAACUAAUAAUUUUUUUUCCUUAUUAUAUUCCAGUUUCAUGUACAUGGACGCCGACGAAUGUGAAAUUAUUUUCCGAUUUUAGAGCCGGAGAAUGUGAACUAGUAAAUAGAAAUCGUAGUCCGAGCCAGAGCAGUACCGUUGAGUCGUCGCCGGCGAUAAUGGUGGAGAACUCGCCGCUGGCGGUGACGUUGGACUCAUCAUCGUUGGAUCUCAGCAUUGGUGGAUCCGAUAGCUUACUUAUUAACGGUGUGGGUAGGUUUUUAGGUGUGACACCGGUGAAACAUAUGUACUAUUUGGAAGCUCUGCAACGAUCGGGAGUGAUUUCUUUAUAUAAAAAAAGUUGCCAGAAAACGGUGGAGUUUAUUGUCGAUGUUGGUGAAGGUGGCUUCGGCGAGUCGAGUUCGUCGUCGGUGAAAAAGGAAAAAGGGACUUGA